AUGCUCUCCAAACAUUACUUCCUACGCUUGGCACUCUUUGUCGCGUCUUUGGCGCCCAAAGGGGUUCAAUGCGCGACAGAAGAUUUGGCAAUCUAUACAGACAAUGCACUUGUUCAGGGAUGGGAAAAUUGGAGCUGGAGUAGCGACAUUAACUUCGCUGCCACUGAUUUAUUUUCUGGUUCCAGUGGAAGUUCAAUAUCUGUAAACUCUAGCCAGUACGCUGCGCUUUCGGUAAAGCUGGAAGGUACAUUCCCCGACUACGCUGGGCUUCGCUUCGACAUUGCUGGUGUACAACCGGACUUGACAAUAGUUGUUCAAUCCACCACUGAUAACAGCCAGUCUCCAAAUAUUGCCUUGUCUAGCAUCAGCAAGACUAUUGUUGAUGGACAAUUCUCCUCCCUUCUAAUUGAUUUCAACAACCUGCCUGGAAGCGGUGCUCAAUUGGGAGCUGGAACCUGGGAUCGUCUUACAUUUCAAGCAGGGGGCAAUGGUGCUUUUUACCACAUCGACAAUAUCGUUCUUGUCAGCGAAAUAACUAUUACCCCACAAUUUCUAAGUGCAGAGCCAAUUACCAACAAUGUUGUGGCUGUUACUACGGUCGGAGCUGUUGACUUGACCGACAUUAACAUCUCUCAAAACGGAGAGAAACUCAAAGUCGUGAAUCAGACCACUUAUAACCCAGUUGACACGCCUUCCAAGACUAUAACCUACUUGAAGCUGGACUCCGCGUUCCAACCAGGAAAUUUGACCGUCACAGCAGGAAAUUCCACAUUUUCAUACGUGUUGCCCGCUGUGCAAUAUGCUAGCAUUGUACAAGAUGUUAAUUUCCCUAUUAACCCACAUAUCUACGGCGUCAAUUUCCCAACUUCUGCCAGCUACAUUCAACACUUAGGUGUCACAAUUUCACGUUGGGGAGGUAACGCAGUGACCGCCUACAAUCCUUUUGGUGGAUUCACCAACGCGGGAAAUGACUGGUACUUCGAAAACAGAGUCAUUGAUAAUGGCCAAGCUGACGAUUGGAUGGGAUGGGUCCAUGGAGCUGGAUCACAGACUUUGUUGACUGUCCCUGCGCAACCUCGACUGGGUGUCCAAGGACGCCACAUCCCAUCUGCUUUAGAUCAGCAGAGCUUUGACCCAUACAACAGUGAUGCCGGAAAUGGCUUACUCCCAAAUGGCUCCUAUGUUACCCCUGUUCCUAGUCAGGCGAAUGUUUAUGUACCAUGGAAUAGCACAGCGGCUAAGCAAUGGCUCUCCGGUUUGACUAACAAACCACUCAUGGUAGCAAUCGAUAACGAAAUAGAAAUUGCCAGCAAUACUCAUCAAGACAUGCAUCCUGUUCCGAUGAGCUAUGAUGAAGAGUUAGCCAGAGUCAUUGAAUUCGGAACAGCCGCCAAGGAAGCCCUUCCUGACGUUCUUGUUGUAGCUCCUUCCACAUGCUCGUGGUGGUACUAUUGGACUAGCGAAGUCGGCUAUACCGACAAUGCAGCACACUACAACAUUGAUUUUUUGCCGUGGUUCCUUAUGCAGAUGAAACAGCAUGAAAGUACAACGGGCUCAAGGCUUUUGGAUUACUUGGAUAUCCAUUAUUACUUCCAGGCUGACACCAGCGCAAACGAUGCUGCUGCUAAGGCACUAAGACUGAGGGCUACUAGAAGUCUCUGGGAUACAUCAUACGUUGAUGAAUCAUGGGUUGGAUCAAACCCCCAAAAUCAUCAAUGGAACCCAACCUCCAUUAAUCUGGUCCCAAGAUUUAAAACUCUUAUUGCACAAAACUACCCAGGAACAAAAUUCUCUGUCAGUGAAUGGAGUUCCACGGCUGAUACAGACAUUACUGGUGGACUUGUUACUGUUGACGUUCUCGGUAUCUGGGGCAAAUACCAGGUUGAUUCAUCCACCUACUGGUCUACUCCGGACGAGCUUGGUCCCGUUGGAUUGGCGUAUUGGUUAUACCGAGGAUACGGAACAUACUUUGGAAGCUCUAGCGCUCAGGUGAAUUUGGCCACUCCUAACCCAGACACACAGGGGGUAUAUGCUGCAACGGAAGGGGGCAAGCUGACACUUGUUAUUGUCAACAAAAAUCCUGACACUCCAAUUGCCUUUGAUAUUGCAAAUGUUCCUGUUGGAGAAUACUUCAUCCGCCAUUUCGGUGGUGAAGCCGGUGUGGCCAAGUGGCAGACAACGAUCACGUUGGAAGCGACUAACUAUAUUGUCGUUCCCGCUUAUACUGCCAUUUUCUUUCAGCAACAAUAA